CCACGCCCACCGAGUAGUGAUGUGUCCGGUUUCGUUUCUUCAGUCUGACAGGAUUUCCGCAGAUCCUCCAUGAUCACUAAUGUUUUCUACACAAUGAAACUCAAAUAGCUAUAUUUUCUCAAAGUAGCCAGCUGCUCCCAAUCGCAUAUCGCCAUGAAUUUAAGAACGCGUUGCCAAAUUGGACUGGAUUUUUAUGAAUUCUUGAAUGAAACAAAUCGAACAUCAACCAAACAAAAAAGUGAUCUCCGAGACAUCUACAACUCAGAGUUUCGAAACAGGGAUGGAGUGAGAGACCCUAACUUCAGUUCGAUCCUGUAUGCUCUCAAGCUGUCCAAUAAUGCCAAAGUCUACUCAGGAGCGGUGCACUUCAAACCAAAGGUGAGGGAUUUCUGUCAGGACCAGUGGCAAGGACCCCGGGGAAAGGGGCGUGGCCAGAAGCAGCAGGGGGCAUCUAGCUCUUUUCCUGUUCAGAAUGGAGGCAAGGUGAACGGGGUGGGGCAGAAAAAUGGGGCAUGUGUGAGCGGAGUGUGUGUGGCGCCCUCAUCUGACCCAGCCCAGACAUCACACACCCCCAGGAGAGACUGGAGACUGGCAAAUUACAUCCUCAGGAAGUUCAAGUCUGACAGAGCGGAGUUGAUCUCUGACCAUGGCGGUGUACGCAUCACUUCUGACCACCCUGUUGUAGACGGCCUGAUCAAGUUCAGUCUGGAGAGUGAGACAGAGGUGUACGUAGUUCGUCUGUUCCUGGAGAACUCCUCCUCCAGUCCUCUCUCCUUCACCUACUACUCUGCUCUGCACCGGAUGACCUGCUUCAACCUACAGGACAUGCAAAAAGUCACCCGAAACAACCCUCUACAGCUGGGACCAGGUGCCCAGUAUGAGGUGCAGCUCCUGUUCAAGUCCAGCCUCCUGGGUUUCUAUCCAGCCACUCUGGUCUUUGAGUUUAAACCCUCCCUCUCCUCUCCUGCCUUCCACCUGCUGCGGUUCAUCGAGGCCCAGUAUGUGACAGGGUUGGCCAGGGAGCUGGCCCCAACUGCGCCCUACAAACCUAGAGCUAUCAUCAGCGCUACGGAUUAUCUGCCUUACACUGUAGAGGACGGGGAACCACCUGAGAGUCUCUCAGCCAACAGCCUGACAGCUGUGGUGCGUCUCCAGGACUACAAGGUUCCAGGAUAUUUCAGAGAUCUGAUCAAGUCCCUCAACGGACACGCCUCCUCCUCUACUCUUUUACUGGAUGCUCAGUCUAUCCUAGAGUCAGGUCUGAGUAGAGAGAAUUACUCUAAACGGUUCCAGCUGCUGCUGUAUCUAGAGGAGCUACAGAUGGAGGUGGACAUUAAGAGAUACAACAAGCCCAAUACUCCCAUGGUCCGAGACAAGACCAACAAGAAACUACUGGUGCUAGAGGUACCAGGUGUGUCCGAGAACCGUCCGUCUGUCCUGCGGGGCGACGCCAUCCUGGUGACGAGGUCAGGUGACUCUAAUAAGGGGGGCGUGGUCAAAUACCGUGGUUACGUCCACCGCGUGGAGCUGGACUCCGUCAAACUAGGAUUCAACAGCAAGUUUGUGUCCUCCUUCGUGGAUGGUCUGAAGUUUGAUGUGGAGUUCACAGUGAGCCGUCUGACCACUAGGCUUCAGCAGAGAGCAGCAGAGCUGGCUGACAGACACAACCUGGGGAACGUCCUGUUCCCUUCUGGAGCUUUCUCUCUCUCUCCCCUUCCCCCUCUCCCUAGGUUGUAUGACAGGGCUCUAGAGCAGAACCCAGAACAGUACACAGCAGUCCAGAACAUCGUAGCUGGAUCCUCCCGACCGGCUCCUUACCUGGUGUUUGGACCACCUGGGACAGGUAAGACUGUGACAGUGGUUGAAGCCAUCAAACAGGUGCUGAAGACACAGAGUCACGCCCACAUCCUGGCGUGCGCUCCGUCCAAUAGCGCGGCAGACCUGCUGGCUCUGAAGCUUCUAGAACACCUGGAACACAGGAAGCUGUUCCGGAUGUACGCCACAUCCCGUAACCCUGAAGAUGUGCCCAAUGAUAUACGGGACUGCUGUAACCUGGGUCAGGAUUGCUUUGUAUUUCCCUGUAAAGAGGAACUGAUGAAGUACAGCAUCAUGGUCACCACCCUAAUCACUGCCGGACGGUUGGUGACAGGUGGUCUUCCUCCAGGUCAUUUCAGUCACGUGUUUGUUGACGAGGCGGGACACGCUGUUGAAACGGAGACCAUCAUACCACUGGCUGGGCUGCUCCAACCAGAGACGGGCCAGGUGGUUCUAGCUGGAGACCCUAAACAGCUGGGACCCAUCCUCAGGUCUCCUCUGGCUCUGAAACACGGCAUGGGUGUGUCUCUGUUGGAGAGGCUGAUGAAGGAUGUGUCUCUGUAUCAGAAGGAGGAGGAGAGUGGAGUGUUCAACAACUGCUACGUCACCAAACUACUGAGAAACUACAGGUCUCAUCCCUCUAUCCUGAAGGUGCCUAACGAGUUGUUCUAUGAGGAGGAGCUGCAGGUGUUUGCUAACGAGAUGAUCCGGAACUCCUACUGCACCUGGGAACACCUGCCUCAGAAGAAUUUCCCGGUGGUGUUCCAUGGUGUAGCUGGUCGUGAUGAGCGGGAGGCUACCAGUCCGUCUUUCUUUAACGUGGCGGAGAUCGAGGUGCUGAUGGAUUACCUCAAGAAGCUGCUGCAGGGGCAGGGCAAGAGGGGCCUCGCCACAAUCUCACCCAAAGACAUCGGUAUCAUCGCCCCCUAUAGAAAACAGGUGGAGAAGAUCCGUAAAGCCUUGAAGACGCUGGAGAAAGACUUCAAAUCGACCAGCAUCAAAGACCUGAAGGUGGGGUCAGUGGAGGAGUUCCAGGGUCAGGAGAGGAGGGUGAUCCUGGUCUCGACGGUCCGCAGCAGCGCCAACUACAUCAAGACCGACCAAUACUUCAGCCUUGGUUUCGUCAAAAAUGAGAAGAGGUUCAACGUGGCGGUGACCAGAGCCAAAGCCCUGCUGAUCGUGGUGGGAAACCCCUUAGUGCUGCGAGGAGACCCCACCUGGGGCAGGUUCCUCCAGUUCUGUUCCCAGGCGGGGGGGAAGACAGGGUUUGACUCCUCCCAGGCUGAGGGAGAGGAGGAGGUGGUGGAACGCCUAGCUGCCCUCUGCUUACAGGCUGAUCCCCACGUGGAGACAGAGGAGAGUGAGGUUCAGCAGCAGAUCGAACCAGAGUGGAGGAACGAGCAGUGAGAGACACACACACAUCGUACAGGAGACCCAACGACAGUACUGAUCAGGAAUCAAUUCUUCCUACGAACAGGGGAAGACAUCCCUAGUACAGAGGUUUUCAAAGUGUGAGGCACGCUUCCGCCAGAGUUUCAUGUAAGGAAAUCCAAAUCAAACUGUAUUCAGUUCUCUAAUAAUGAAUAAAUACAUUUUUAAAAAAGAGGUGUCCCAGCUUUUGGGGCGCGGUUGUCUUGAUGUUCUCUGAAUGGAGGCCCACUGUCUCAGACUUUGAAAACGCCUGCCCUAGUACUACUGCACUAAGUAACAUUUGGUACCAGGCCAAUGUUAUUGUAUUAUUUCAAAACAAAACAGUUUUCUACUCCAUACCAGGUGAACUUCCUAUGAGAUCUAUCAGGACCAGUCCUCUAGGAUAGUGAAUGAAUUUAUGAAAUCACAUUGUACCAUCCAUCUAUGCUGGUGUUAGUUUUAUUAGUAUGAGUCUGUUGUAUGUAGUCUCACAGACGCACACUGAGGCCAGGAUUAAAUCCCAUCGCCCUUUGUUGGCUAUGCAGCUUUUAAUGGCAAUGUUCCCGCGUUCGCGGCUCAAUCAGAAAUGACCUUUAAAGGCCUACUCCAGUCUCUAUUUAUAUACUUGGGAUAUCGCUUUUCAACAGGAAACAUAAAAAUAAAAAAAUCACCGGUGGAUGUCUUUUUAAAGUGAUUUUGGCAAUUAAGCUUGACAUUUUAAAGGGAUAGUGCAUGAUUUUUGCUAUCCUUUUUUCUACUUACUCAGAGUCCGAUGAACUCAUGGAUACCAUUUGUAUGUCUCUGCGUGCAGUUUGAAGGAAGUAUAAGGUAGUUUCCCGAGCGAUUGCUAACUUGUGUUAAUGCAAUGGACGCUAGUUAGCAACUUCCUUCAAACUACAGAGAGUUCAUCUCGUGGAUGGCUGUAUGUCUGUUGAGGUUCUGGCCUUCAAAAUCUGUGCUGCUGCUCCUCUACUGUUCGCUAGAGAUUCAGUUCCCGAUAAAUUCAUCAAACUAUUUCUCUGCCGGUGUGUCUGACCUUGAUGUAAUCUAAGAAACUGGAAUAAAUCAUUAUGUCUGA